CGACCAAAAUCCCCCAACUCCCGCACCUCCCGCCUCCUCCAUUUUGUUUGGGGAUACACAACUGCGGGCGAGGCUGCCGGGCUGCCCCAGGUCACCCGUAUCUGGCAGGCCCUGUUACGGCAACUUCCCAGGUUCCCACGGACCCUUUUUUGGCUCCUGCUGCUUGUGCUCUGCCGCAGCGGAGCUCCAUCGCAACCGAACCCCCCCUCCCCUGGCCUGGCCUCCUCUGGGGCCGUCCCCUUCUCUGAUUGGUCAGCGCCUGCGCAACCAGCUCAACGUCCUGUUUACCACCCCAAGCUCCCGACUUCAUCUUUUUCCAUCUCUCUUUUCAUUCUUGCCGUCAGCUUUCCACUUUCAUCAUAUCGUGGUCGCAACAUAUUGGCGACCCUCUUCCCGCAGUAUUUCAUCAUCCAUUGAGCACCCUCUUUCCCUCCUGUAAGCUGUAAGCCGCUGCGCGCGUAAGCUCUUCAUCGCCCAUCAUGCCCAUGGAACUGCGCAAGCGCAAGGAGGCUCCCGCGCCUCCUCCGGCCCCGGCGCGCAAGAAGACCACCAAGACGGCAAAGACGGCCAACACGGCCACCAAGGUUAAGGAAGCCGUCAAAGAAAAGGUCGCCGCCGUCGUUGCCAGCACCAAUGGCUCUUCCGACUCUGCCAAGCCUGCCGUCGGCGACACCAUCAACCUUGACAGCUUCGGCGGCGAGAUCGAGACCAACGAGGGCACCAAGACCACCCUCAAGGCGCUGGUCGAUGAGAGCAAGGCCGGUGUGGCCAUCUUCACCUACCCCAAGGCCUCCACUCCAGGCUGUAAGCCAACCCAUCCCCCAUCCCCAGAAUAUGGCAUCCCCCCCCUUCCCACUCUCCCCAAACACCCCUAUAGUCAUACACAUUCCCCCGUAAAACCACAAUAAACAAUCCAAAAAAAACACCCAACCUAACCCACCCCCCCCCUUUCACUAGGCACCAAACAAGCGUGCCUCUUC